UCUUAGAAAUGCCUUUGACAAUCAAGAGAGUAUUAGCUUAAAUUUUCAAACUUACUGAGAAGUCCUGAUAAUGAUUACCUAGCUACAUGUCUAUAAAAUCGGCCGUUUGUUUGUAAUCCUAAUCGCUUCAUUCCAAUAAUUUAAAAAAAUCGGAGAUCCCUUGGAUUUCAUUGAACCAUAAACGCGGUGUCAUUUUAUGCUCUUCACAAUUUCACUGGAUAAGUGCAGUAAGUUGAAGCUGUGAAAUCAUCUGUGUUUAGUGCGAUCGGAAGCCAUGGGGGGAGGGGCCGUUCUCCGUAGUAUCAGCAGAGUAAUUGGUGGGGGAGGCACUGCAAGUGGGCGUGCUGUAGUUGGGACGGCCCUUCACUCCCCUGCACAGAAAAUGAGGAUUUCUUCCUCACAUACAAUGGUUGAUGACUGGGAAUUUGCAGGAGAGGAGGAACAAUUUCAGGCCCCCCCACAAGCCGUCCUGGAUGACCAUCGCCAUGUUCGUGAUCGUCUCAUCUUCGGGUCUGUGCCGACUCAACAAGAAGUGCUGGAAGCCACGUCAGAUUUGCAGGAUGCCAUUAAACAGACUAUAACUCCUGUUUCCAGCACGUUUGGUCAUGAAAAGCUGUCGUCAUCAUUCCCGUCAGUGCAUGAUGAGGUUGACUGUGUUGAAGUUUCAGGCAUCCCAGAAACUGAGGGUGAAUCCUAUGAGAAUUCUGUUGUUGGAUGUGGGCCAGAUUUGGAUCAAGACAAAGUGGUGCAAAAAUAUGUGCAUUCUAAUGUUCUUGAUGCAUUCCAUUUGCUUCAGAGCAAUCCUGCUAUCCAGGGGAUGGUUGUCUCACUAGCCUCGGAUAAAGCUAUCUGGGAUGCUUUUCUAAGUAAUCCAAAGGUUCAAGAAUUCAGGCAAUCACUCGUAGAAGCAGGUGAAUCAGAGCUAGUAGACAGAAAUGAAGAUGCAGACAAGAAGUCACCUCUUAUUGAAGCUAUGGAGAAUAUGAAACUGAGGGUGAUUCAGUACAUGGAGAAAAUAAAAGAACUCUGUAACCAGCUUUUUGGAUACGUUGACAAUAAGUUUUUGGAGAAGGAUGCAGAUUUUGUGGAAAAGGCUUUAGAGGCCUCCUUGAUGCUUUGCUUUACUGUUCUCUUGAUAGUCCUAGUCAAACGGGCAUAAGUUGUGUAAAUAUUACCAUGUAGAUUUAUUUGACGACAUGAAGACAGUAACAGACAGAAUGUAAUAACUUUAAAAUCGUAAAACCCUUUAUUCUAAACUAGUUUCCUUUUAUUUAGAAGAUUAGUAUAUCACAGCUAUCAGAACAUGUCCCAUAUAAGCAUACCCGUACUUCAGCUGUUCCUUAUGUAUAUUACUAUAUAAUUAUCAAUAUAAGUAAAUCUGGAUUACAAUGAAUGUAAUUCUUUUUGAAUCA